CUCCUCCUCAUCCAAGCAUGGCUCGCCUCCUCCUCCUGCUCGGCGUGGUGCUCGCCAUCGGGGCGGUCCACUGCCGCGACAUCCACCGGGGCGCCGACGAGGACGACUCGAGCGGCGACCUGGACCUGGUGGCGGCGGCCACGGGCCACCACCACGAGAGCGGUGGCGGCCAAGAGCACCACGAGAAGCACGCCAAGAAGUCCGGCCACAAGUCCGACAAGGGCUACAAGGGCGACCACCACCACUGGCAGGGCAAGAAGGGCCACCACGACAAGGAGGGCCACAAGGGCUACUACGACGAGAAGGCGGGCCACAAGAAGAAGCACCACGACGAGGGAGGCUUCUACGCCGAGCACCACAAGGGCGAGAAGGGCAACAAGGGCCACAAGUUCGAGGACCACGGCAAGUACAACAAGGGCCACUCCACCAAGGGCAAGCACGAGGUGCACAAGCUGGACGAGUUCAAGAAGAACAAGAAGUUCUACGACGAGCACCACGACGAGGGCCACCACGCCAAAGAGGGCGGCCACCACGACAGCUUCAAGAAGUCCGGCGGCGGGCACUACAAGCAGGGCCACCACAAGUCCGGCCACGACGAGGGCCACAGCGGCAAGAAGGGCCACUCCGAGCACGGCAAGCACUACAAGGACCACAAGGGCCACAAGAGCAGCGGCGGCCAGGAGUCGCACAGCGGCCACAAGGAGGACUACGGCAAGAAGGGCGGCCACGAGGAGCACAAGAAGUGGGGCUACAAGAAGGGCCACCACUGAGACGUGCCUGCCAAACAGACUCCCGGCAGUCCUAGAGGAGGACUGCAAGCCCUGGGGGGAGACAGCAACACCGGAUAAAAUGACGCCGUUUUGGUUUGGGUAAAACUGUGAUUUAAAAUUUUGGUUCCCACAUCAUUUUCGUGCACUUUUGCACAAACACAUUGUUUAUCCCCGUUUGUCGUUUGUGUAGUGUUCUUUGAAUGCUCAUGACAUCAUUGUUAUUAUUUAUUUUAAUUGUAGUACUUAUUUAUUCUCUCGGAAGGACACAGUACGAUGUGAUGUAUGAUGUUACCUUCGCUGGGAAUCGGCGCACCUUAUAAGCUUCAUGUUGUUCCAGUGAGUCAGGGUUGUCUCCUUCCGAAUGUGACUGAACUCCAGUGAUCCUCAUAGUCAUCUAUUUAUUAAGAUUGUGAUGUAAUGUUUUGGUUGUAUAGUGUUGUUUUUUUGUCGUGAUAUUGUUGAUUUAGUCAAUAAAUUAAUGGUCACAAAAAUAA